CUUGAUACUCCCAAAACAACCGGUCCGACCUGCCCAGGUCAAGUUACAAAAGAUUUACUUUGACACUGUUAAAGUUUGUUUGUAAAGGUUUCUUUUUUUUCUGUGAAUUUUUUUUGUUAUGAAUUUCAUCAUUCAGAACUCUGCAAAUUGAAUUAGAUUUUCAAACGCGAGGAAGAAAAAUUUCAAUUUUCUGACAGUUUAUGUUAUGAUGAUCGUGCUUCACAGCAUAUUACGGGAAAAUUAAACAUCACGGAAAUCGGGGCCGAGGUAAUAUCCAAGUCGAAUUGAAAAUCCUUCAUGUUACCAGAACUGGAAAAAAAAUGUCAAGCUUACAUGACCAGUUUUAAUUUUACAUGACAAACUUUUGAGAAACACCUCACCAUAUUCCAACCAGUCAAUCGUGUCUUCCGCACGUUUUGAGAGUACCAAGAUGGCGGCCAUCAUGACGGCGUAGUUGUUGUCCUUUCGGUAAUUCAGUCCGAUGUCCUCCCCCUGCACCGCGGCACCCAGAGACAGAGCGUGGUUUACUUUGUAUAAAUUUACUCGAUGUACAUGUUGGCUACUAUUAGGGAUGCGGUAAGUUCACCCGCCAUAUUGAAUGUGUCAGUUGAAUGAACUCAAGUGGCAGGUUCCGGUUCAGCGGAGAACGCGCCCGGAAAGAGUUUUCCAACGCACCUUAUGGUGAAAUUGGUGUGCGAGAAUAUUUAAAUGUGUCUGUUGUAAAUAAAAUUAUUUAGUUGCUUGGUUUCCACUUACGUGCUUGAACGUUGCAUAAACACCGUGUAAUUUUCAACAAGCGGAAGCUUUCGCAGAGGGGCUUCGACGGUGACGUCAUUUACGUCUCCGACUUCCCUUCUUGCGAGCCAAAUGAAACUCAAAACAGCGCCCCCUAGUGCCUCGGCUGUUUAGGGGGGGGCACAAGGAAGAAGAAAAAGAAAAGCGGUUCACUUCGCACUGGGUCGGGACUCGAGCAUCGUUGCAACUGGUGACGAGCCCUGAUGUGAGUACCAAAGUAGAAGACUGUUACAAUAGUCAAAUCUACUUGCGCGCGGAUGGGCCUCUCCCGGUCCGCUCGACACACGCGAGUCUUCACUCUCGAGACGUUCUUCAGAGGUGAGAUGUUUCCCGCCGCUCAGCCAAGAUAGCCAAUCACUUGAGUGCGGCGGCUGCGCCAGUCUCCGGAAAUCAUGUUGCGGUCCGCCGGACUCGGGUUAGUCCUGCUGGCGUCACUCGUCGCCUGGCACGCCGCCGCCGCCGCUUCCUCGUCGGGAGAUGGAAGCGGCACAGACGGGGUUGGUUCCGUCCCGGCCGUGCUCGCCACCGCCAGCCAGCUCAUCGCCCGCGAGGGGAGCUGCGUGCUGAUCAACUGCAACGUCACCGGCGACCCAUUCCCCAGCAUCAAGUGGUUCAACUCGCACGGCCACCUCGUGGACACGGACGGCAGUGGCGGCGGGAAGUGGGGGCUGCUGGAAAACGGCAUCCUCAACAUCACCGGCAUCGAAUUCAGCGACCGCGGCAAGUACACCUGCGUGGCGUCCAACCCGCACGGCGCCUCCAACUGCACCGUGACGCUGCGCGUGGUUUUCACCAAGGGCGACAUGGGCGUCUACUACAUGGUGGUGUGCCUGGUGACCUUCAGCAUCAUCAUGGCGCUCAACGUGACGCGGCUGUGCAUGAUGAGCAGCCACCUGAAGAAGACGGAGAAAGCCAUCAACGAGUUCUUCCGCACGGAGGGCGCCGAGAAACUGCAGAAGGCCUUUGAGAUCGCCAAGCGCAUCCCCAUCAUCACCUCCACCAAGACGCUGGAGCUGGCCAAGGUGACGCAGUUCAAGACCAUGGAGCUGGCGCGCUACAUCGAGGAGCUGGCGCGCAGCAUCCCGCUGCCGCCGCUCAUCAUGAACUGCCGCACCUUCGUGGAGGAGAUCCUGGAGGUGGUGGGCGCGGAGGAGAUGAGGCACACCUUCCUCCGGCAGGCGCCCGAGGGGAGGGAGCGCGGCGGAGGCGGCGACGCCGGCCCGAGGGACGUGUUUACCCUCCUGCGGGAGCGAGGGCGGCAGCUGGAGCGCAGCGAGUCACCCGCCGCGGACUCCGACAACUCGUCGGUCCAGGAGCAGCCGCAGCACAUCGCCAUCCAGGUGUCGGUUCACCUGCAGCUGGAACCGGAUGCCGUCCCGCCGCACGACGGCGACGCGGAAGGGAAUCGCGGCAAAGAGCCCGCAGCCGACAGCCUCCCCCCUUGCCAGGUUUUUUACGAGAGUCACGUGUGACCCGACUGACCAAUCGCACGCCGGCGAUUCUUUUCUUCUCGCACUUGAAUGUAAACUCAUCAGCAAAAGAAACGCUUCGGAAUUUCCGUUACACCCCCCCUCGUCCCCCGACCUUUGUAUCAUCCAUUUUUUUUCCAUGAUCAAAUUUAGCAACGCAGAUUUGUUGACAAUUUUUUUCCCCGAAAUUUUUUUUUUGGGCGGGGAGGGGUUAUUGUUACAUUAUCGACUGAAUAUCGUGGGACAUUUCGGCAACUUUUCUGCUUUGCUCUUACCGGUGCUCUCCUGAUGCCUUUGUAGGAAAUAGAAGUGAUUAAAAAAAAAAAAAUGGGCGGGAAAUGUUGCUUCUGUCAUUUUAGUUGUUUGAUUUCAUUUAGUAUUUUGCCAAUUUAGUCUGAAAUUGGCCUGAAAUGAGCGAUGGUGUCAAAGUCGAGGCCCGAGGGCCGGGCCGAGGGCCGGAUCGAGGCCCGCCACCUGAUUUUAUGCGGCCAAUCGCAGGGCACACCUAAGCACUUUACACCUACGGGCAAUUUAGUCUUCAAUUGACCGGAAAUGAGCCGUCAAACUGCAUUUGGCACGGGUGUCAAACUCGAGGCCCGAGGCCCAGAUUGCGGCCCGCGAAGGCAAAUCAUGAGAUUGCCAGCCAAUCGCAGGGCACAUAUAAACACUCUACACCUACGGGCAAUUUAGUCUUCAAUUGACCGAAAAUGAGCCGUCAAACUGCAUUUGGCACGGGUGUCAAACUCGAGGCCCGAGGCCCAGAUUGCGGCCCGCGAAGGCAAAUCAUGAGAUUGCCAGCCAAUCGCAGGGCACAUAUAAACACUCUACACCUACGGGCAAUUUAGUCUUCAAUUGACCCAAAAUGAGCCAUCAAAAUGCAUAUGGCACAGGUGUCAAACUCGAGGCCCGAGGGCCAGAUCGAGGCCCACCAUGUGAUUUAAGGUGGCCCCCAAAGGCAGAUCACCAGCCAAUCGCAGGGCACGUUACACCUACGGGCAAGUUAGUCUUCAAUUGACCGAAAAUGAGCCGUCAAACUGCAUUUGGCACGGGUGUCAAACUCGAGGCCCGAGGCCCAGAUUGCGGCCCGCGAAGGCAAAUCAUGAGAUUGCCAGCCAAUCGCAGGGCACAUAUAAACACUACACCUACGGGCAAUUUCGUCUCCAAUUGACCUAAAAUGAGGCAUCAAACUGAAUAUGGCACAGCUAUCAAACUCAAGGCCCAAGGGCCAGAUCGAGGCCCACCAUGUGAUUUAAGGUGGCCCGCAAAGGCCGAUCACCAGCCAAUCGCAGGGCACAUUACACCUACGGGCAAUUUAGUCUUCAAUUGACCUAAAAUGAGCCAUCAGACUGCAUUUGGCACGGGUGUCAAACUCGAGGCCUGAGUGCCAGAUUGAGAUUGCGGCCCGCGAAGGCAAAUCACGAGAUCCCCAGCCAAUCGUAGAGCACAUAUAAACACUUUACACCAACGGGCAUUUUAGUCUUAAGUUGACCGAGAAUGAGCCAUCAAACUGCAUAAGGCACAGGUGUCAAAGUGAAGGCCCGUGGUCCAUAUUGCGGCCCACCGCGUGAUUUAAUGCAGCCCGCGAAGGCAAAUCGCAAGGCACACAAACACUUUACACCUACGGGCAAUUUAGUCUUCAAUUGACCGAAAAUGAGCCAUCAAAUUCCGUAAGGCAGAGGUGCCAAAGUCGAGGCCGGGGGCCAGAUCGCGGCCCGCCACGUGAUUUAAUGCGCCCCGCGAAGGCAAACCUCCGUGAUUCUUGUGCAAAUCUGUACCAAAAUGUCAAAUUGUUAUACAUCACAAAUGAUAAAAGAUAUUCUCAGCAUUAUUUUUUUGUCGCCGAACAUGAACAACGGUUGAAAACCCCCCCCCCAAAAAAAAGUGAGCGAUUCCAAAACAAGCCUGACAAUUGAGCUCCAAAAUUUAAUUCACCACGUUUCAAAUGUACAAUCAAAAAAAAAAGCGCGAAUCAUCACAACAACGCAUGACUUGAUAAAUUAAAGCGAGACGGGGGGGGGGGGGGUAGAUUUGUCAGCUGACUUCGGGCCGGCCAAUCACAGCGCACGCAGACCGUCCCGUUUUGACGCUCGCGCCUACGCGCAAUUUCAGAGCGGUGAUUCGAAAGGUCCAGCAGUAAAUGGGGGGGGGGGGGGUUAGUCGUGGUGGGAAGUAAAUCACAUAAUUCUUUUUUUUUUUUUUGGGGGGGGGGGGGGGGACUUCACAAUAAUGGAUGGAUCAGUGUUGGAAAAAAAAAAAUAUUGCACGCCUGAUUGCGCCAUCUGGAACAUGAAAAAUAAUAAAAGUCAGUAUGUCACAGAUUGACCAUCCCUCCC